UAACAGGUCUACAUAUAAUAUGAAUUGUAAUUGUAUCAUCAUGUUUGUAAUACUGUUUACAAACAUGUAUUUCAUGCGGAUUUGUAGUCUGAAAUUACUCUUGGAAUGUAACGUAAUAAAACUCCAUUACCCAUAAUGCACAUAGUUACAUCCAGCCCCCAACUGCAAACCUUUUGGCGUGAAACUCAAAUCACGGGCGGGAGAAGAGCGAGUCAGUCGGUUAGCGAAUCUCAGCUGUAACAUUUAAAGUUUUAAACCGAAAAAAUUGUUUUAAAUUACUUUUUAAUCACCGACUAAUUUCUAAAUGAGUUGAGCAAUUCGUGUCAAAUUAAAUUAGUUUUUUGGGUCGAGGAGGAAGCCGGAUAACGAAACUUUAUCCAACAACGACUGUCUCGAGAGACGGGAAGUGAUUCAACAGUUUAAAGAUGAUCAUGAAGGGGCAGAAGCGUAAAUUCCCACCAGAGGAUGUGGAGGUUUCUGACAGGACCAGCCCAACCUGGGAGAGCCAACGACAGUUUGUGUUCUCAGUUUCCCUGAGCAAGUAUCAACGUGGCCAGGAGCUUCCUGAACCCAGUCUGCGGAGGUCCGUUCUGAUAGCCAACACACUGCGGCAGAUUAGCCUAGAGGCUUGCAUGGCACCCUCUGUAGACAGGGAAGUGUCACCUUGCAGCUCUUCACCUGCAUUCCAGGCGAAAGAGUGGGAGAGUAUUUUCACCGGAGUUCCUGCAGCAAAACAUCACUCUGCAGUCGCAGUUACUAACAGCCACUCAGCACUUACCAGCUGCCAUCUGGUUUCCUCAAAUUACAUGUCAAAUUGUGUUACAAGUAGGUAUCUUGCAAGCUGCCACAUGAAUACAUCAAAUGUCCCUAUGUCUGUAGGAGACGAAGAUGAGGACUGGGGAUCAAUGUCCACUGAUCCUGAUUUCUCCCUCUCAGCUGCCAUUUCCUCCAUUCUCACUGCACUGGACUCUACCAUUGACGGGAGCCCUCAGGUAGCUCCACGGACACCUCUCCGGUCCCUGGAGAACCUGUCGAGGCCUGAGGGAAGUGUGGCGUGGGUAAAACAGGAAGUCAGAGGUUAUGGGGGCAGCUGGGAGCAGCAGGAGGAGUGCAGGGUACGAGAGAGCAACAUGGAGGUGAUGAGGUCCAGCUACCUCAGUGAUCUCACUGUGGAGGAUCUUUUCCAGGAUAUAGACACGUCCCUGCUGGAGAGGGACAUGGGAGUGCUUGGGCUUAGAGGCAGUGGAGGUGGAUACCCAGCAGGGGAUGAUCUCCUCCGCUACCUGCCACCUUUCUCUCCCUCCUCUUCCUCCUCACACCCCUUUUCUCUCUCUCUCAACCAGAAUCUGAAGUGCCUCCCUUCAUUCUCCUCAUUCAGCCCAUUGUCUUCCUCAUCAUCUUCUUCACCUUCUAUCUCUUCGCCACCAUCCUCUCCCUUCUCUGGUCAUAAUCAUGUGAGAGAGGGACUUGAGUUGGAGCAUCUUAUGGAGAUCCUGGUGGAGUCCUGAUGGCCUCAUCUUAAUCAUACUUUGAGAAAUCCACUUCAAUAGGAACACCAUUCACUAACUUAGUGGACAAAAACUGAAUUAUUAAGGCAAAGGGCUGGACUGUCAAACAUGUCGAAUAUUCUCUUUGUUGUCUUUACAUGUUGCUCAAGAAAUUGUGUAUUAUGGGCUUUAGAAAGUAGUAAGAAUGUUCUAGAAAUGUAGAAAUGGUUCAUGUCUAAGAUAGAAAAUGCUCCACAAGUAGGCUAGCAAGCUGUGAUGCAUCUGGCAGCUCUUAUUGUAACAUGAAACACAAAAAAGGAACACGAAGAAUUUGUUUCUGGCAAAAAUGAAUGCCAGAUAACGCUCAAUAGAUAAGCAGUGAGUCAGUGCAUAAUGAACUGCUGAAAAGCAUAUUACAGUUUUCAGUGUGACUCAGCUAAUUGGAACUAAAGAAGGGUGGUGCCUGACUGCAGAACUCAUUUUUUAUUCAGAAAAUGAGAAGUUGCCAAGUGUGAAGAGACAACUGUUUCAGCCUUAAAAUUUGUCAAAUGCAUCACAGCUUCAAGUGAUCCUGCGUUCACAUUGAACAUCCCGAGUUAUCGAGAGUAAGAAAAAAGCGGAAACCAGUAACGUACUAGUGUUGAUUCAUGCAGUGGAUUGAUCGUUGGGCGAUGUGGGACAAAUCCCUUAUAAUACAAGUGUAAAAUGUUAAUGAGUGAGUUCUGAGAGAAUGUGAUUUGGCUGGUGUUGGAAGUUGGAGAGGUUGAAACACUAAUAUUGUAAGUCAGAUCUUCUGUGAAGAAAUCCUUUAACCUCAUAUUUAUCAGUUAUAACAGGGGCAUGAUAUAAGAGAUCAGGUCAGGAUUUUAAAACGGGAGGAGCACUGUGGAAAAUGUGCUUUUUAGCCAUUGAAAACUUUUACAUAUUUAUGAUAUCAAGUGGUUCAGCCAGAAAAAAUCCAUAAGAACCAGUAUUUUGUUCAGUUAUGAAAAAAAUGAAGUUUCUAGUGUGCAUAAUUCUUGAGGAUUAUCUUUAACUAGGUGAUUCUUAUUUGUAUCCCUCAGUUUAUCACCAGGUAUAUUUCAAUAACCAGUAGUUGGAGGUACAGUAAGAUUACAUUUCAUUUAUGUGUUCCUGUAUUAGCAGUAAAGAAAGUUACUUGUGGAAUAUUACUCAGUGGAAAAAGCACAACUCUUAAAUUCUGCUCAACUAGCUGACUAGCAUAGUCAUGUUCCCUCUGAAGGCCGACAAAAGUGAAACUAGUUUGUUUCCUCUGAGAAGUUUCCUCUCAGUCGGCCUGAGUGCAGCUGUGUGGCUCAGGAAACACAGCAACACGUGGUUGUUCUGUAAUGGCUCCGUGCACAGUCCAGCUCAGAAAGAGCAUUUAAUGACUUCUAAUAGAUGCCGUUAUUAAAAGAGCAUUUAUAGUACUGUGAAUGUGUACAAAACAUCCUCAUCGUGUCACAUUAUUUAAAGUCACAACCACUACACAACACUUUCUGUUGUACAGAUGUAGUAUUAUUGAUUGGUCCCACUGGACGUUCAUCAUAGUGCUACAGUCUCAGCCACAUUGGCUGAUGGAGUGUGGAUGGUGCUGACUUCUACCCUGUGAACAGUUGCUAACUCGUCAGUAGGUCAGUUUCUUUUUGUUUUAGUGGAGUUCACACGUUUUGUCUGGUUUACAUCUGAAUUAUUGCACUUUUGUUAAUAAUAUGCAUUUUAAGUCUCCGUCAUGUGAGCAUGUGGUUUAUGUUUUACUCUGUAUUUAUUAAACAGUAACAUUACAGGUAUGAUCUGGCCAAAUUAUUCCCUGUAAACACAUAAAGUGGGAUCCUAUUAGUUCUGUUAAUGAAUAUUGUUUAAAGGAAAAGGAAAGGUAUUUUAACUGUAACUUAGCCAGUUCUUGAUGUUGAUCUAUCAUUUAAACCAACACUGCUAAAAUGCACGACAUGAGAACUGCUGAAAUAAAUCGUUUGAGGAAGCACAUGA